AUGGCGCUCACCGCCUAAACAGAAGAACCCCCAGACAAGAAGAAGAAGUGAUGACGUAGAAAUACAGCGCCUGUGUAUUGAGUGCUUCGGCUAGCUACGUUAGCUUUAAUUCCGGAGGCUUGUUGACAAGUUCCCAGCUCAUGGUGGCGGUUUAUUCGGUGUAGAUGGUCCAGCGGCGGUGCCGGUGCUCAGGCGUUUGGUUUAGACUCAGCCGACAGUCAACAUGGCGGCGGAGGAGGAUUUAUUCCCAAACCUUCUGACAGAGGAGACGAGGCGCAGCAAUGGCGACUUCACGGCUCCGGAGGGUUUGUGCUGGCUGUCAGUGGUGUCGUGUCUGCUGCUCGCCUGCUCGUAUGUGGGCAGUUUGUACGUGUGGAAGAGUGACCUGCCCAGGGAUCACCCCACUGUGAUUAAGAGACGCUUCACCAGUGUCCUGAUCGUGUCGGGCCUGUCCCCUCUCUUCGUGUGGACAUGGAGAGAAUUCACAGGUGUCAGGACCGACUCAUCGUUAUUUGCUCUCAUGGGAAUUCGGUUUGAGGGCCUGAUUCCUGCCAUCAUACUCCCCCUGGUGCUCACUAUGGUCCUGUUUCUGGGCCCCCUUAUGCAGUUGGCCAUGGACUGUCCCUGGACCUUCAUGGAUGGGAUCAGAGUAGCAAUUGACCCCUACUUCUGGAUGCUGUGUUUCAGCGACAUGCGCUGGUUGAGAAAUCAGGUGGUUGCCCCGUUAACAGAGGAGCUGGUCUUCAGGGCCUGCAUGCUCCCCAUGUUGGUGCCGUGUGCUGGACCAUCUCUGGCCAUCUUCACCUGCCCUCUCUUCUUUGGAGUGGCUCACUUCCACCAUGUGAUUGAGUUGCUGAGGUUCAGACAGGGAACACUAUCAGGGAUCUUCCUGUCUGCAGUGUUCCAGUUCUCCUACACUGCAGUGUUUGGGGCCUACACCGCCUUUAUCUUCAUCAGAACAGGUCACCUGGUGGGCCCAGUCCUCUGCCACUCCUUCUGUAACUACAUGGGAUUCCCCGCCAUCAGCACGGCCAUGGAGCAUCCGCAACGCUUCUCCGUUCUCUCCUCCUACCUGCUGGGAGUCCUCCUCUUCCUCCUCUUCCUCUUCCCCUUCACUGACCCCUUUUACUACGGUCUGCCCACGCCAGUUUGCACCCUCACCUCCUCCCCCAGCUCCCUCUGCCUCUCCUGAUCCCUGCCCGCCUCCCACUCUCAAUGACUCAGUCAAAGAUGUUUUUCCACGCCAAGUGAAAGUUCAGGUCAGACAUUUACGUGACACCUGAAGCUGGUUUACAGAAAAUGAUUCGGGUGUGCUUCGUGUUGCUGUGAGUGAACCUCGAGAACGGGUCCCGUUAUUGUCGGGCUGUGCUGCCAAACCCGGAAAUUGAUUGUAGUGUAGAUAAACGCUGAACACUGAAGGACCGUUCCUCCUCAGAUCCUCUUACACUGGUUAAUGUCAUCGUGUUGUGAUGAAGCAUCAGUAGGUACCCUUUUGCGUACUUUUCUACUUAAUCUGCCUCAUCAUAUUUUUGUUGGGUUUUUUUAAGGGAUUAUUGUGGUUUAUUUUGAUUUGUUCAUAGUUUCAGGCCAUCGUUCAGACACUGGUUAUAAUACAAUUCAAUUUAAGUGGUUACCGUUAUUAGCAAAGCUUCAGUUUCAGUAUUUGUUGAGCUUGAAGAAAUGAAUCUAAGUGCUGGACGUAAGCAAGGUGUCAUUACUGCAGUGGCGUCUCCUGCUUUGUGUUUAGGACAAUGUCCAAGAUGAAGGGGCAAACUUGUCAUGUAUGUAAUUUCUAAAAAAUGUCAUACUUGUGUAAGGUGUCCAAAAUCUUUCGAAAGUCAUAGUAUAGUCAAGCGUCCAAAAUCCUUCAAAAAAUGUCCCUGACACAUGUUCUGCUUUGUUGUGCAGUGUAUCAUUAAGUGAAGUUUUUAAUUCAGAAUUCACUGCGUAAACUUAAAAUGUGUUAAAAAGACACGGUUUAAAUAUGAACUAUGUUCACUUGUAAAGCCAGGCUGAGAAACUUAAAGAAAAACGCAGGACAAUCAAAAAAGAAUCAAGAAAAUUGCAGUGUUUUGUGAUUUCAAUGGCUCGAAAAUGUUCAAAUGGUCAACAAUUUCAGUCCUAUUUUUAGUUGUUACAACAGCCGUGAUUAAAACAUGUUAUGUGAGCGAGCUAAUAAGGAGGAGUCGAUAUUUAGAAGUGUAAUUUAGAGGAUUUUAACGGGGGGUUAUUUUGUGGUGCGGCUGAGCCACCACUGCAGUAAAGGCAGCACACACAAAUGUGUCGCCAGGUUUGUCUUAACUGUUGUUUUGUGUUAGGUUAAUGACUGUGGUUCUGUCUCUGAUGAUGAGGAUGAUGAUGGCUGAAACUAUGACAAUACCUUUUUUUGGCUUCAGGACUUUUCUUGGGGGGGAAAAAAAUCCUGGGUUUUCAAAUGGAAUUGGAGCCAUUUUGUUGUUGUUGUGUAAAUCUGAUUCACGCUGCAUUACUGUCAUGCUGGGACCAGUUGAAUCUGGGUUUGGUUUUCUGCUUCAUGCUGUAAUUCCUGUAAACCCAGAAUUAUCCUUCAGCACCUUUUGAGUAAAGCCAUAUUCGGACGGGAUAGGUUUCACACGGGGGAAGUGGAGUCAUGUCCGAAUAGGGCUCAAGACGCAGAAAUUGUUGCUUUCAGCUGUGGCUCGGCUUUAAAGGGCUGAAGGACAUGUUGGGAUUCUUGUCCGUCUGAAUGUUGAAAUAGUCCCAGUUGGUGACGCUUCGGAUGUUUUUCCUCGUGUGAAUUUAGACUCUUGAAGAUCUUUUGAGCCGCGUUUAGUAGGUGAAGAGUUUUAUUGUUGGUGUUUUUUUGCCUCUGCAUGUUUUAGUGCUGGUAGGUGAUGGAUUAGCUUGUGAUUAAUGACUGAAACGGACUCUGUUCAAACGCCAAUGAAUGGUUGAGCUCUUGUCAGCAGUGAAGUACGGACUGUUUCGGCAAAAACUGUAAUUCAAACAUUGAUCUCUCACUGAGUCUUGCCAAGUUCACUGUGCGUCUAACGUGACGCAACAAACUGAAUUGUAAAAAUUGAUUUCAUGAAAUUGGUAUCGAGAAAAGUACCGCUAUCAAAAGUCCAGAUGUCAUUGUUUAAGAUUUUUAAUCAAUACCAAGGCCAUAGCAACUUAUUGGAUAAUGUUUUUCGAGUUUGACUCAUUUGCGCCUUUAAACAGAGUAUGUUUUAGUCUUAACAGCUGGAUGUUCUUAAAUGUUGCGUUCGUAGAACCUUUGAGAUUUGUUGCCAUGUGCUAUUUUCCACUAUUUUGUUUUUCUUAUACACACAUAUAUAAAUAUAUUACAUUCCCGACAUCUUUCUCGUGGGAGGUUAAACCAGUCACACUUUUGCUGUUCAGAGACUCUCCUGAGGUGUAGUUGUAAAAGAACAACACAGGUUCAAUCACUGCGUAUACUUGCUGCUAGUUUUUUUUUUUUUUUUUUUUACAGAAGCUGGAACUGAAACCAAACCUGUAAAUGUAAAUCCUCACAGAACAAGACACAGCUUGCAGGUAAUAAUUAUAAUGUCGCGCUCACGCGAAAACUAGAAAAUUAUCAUAAUACACUGGAUUACAGUGUCGUUGGUACAACUUUUUGUCUUAAAUUCAACCAAAACCAGCUUCAAAACAACCAAAAAGAGACUGAAAAAGACUAAAACUGACAUAUUUUCAAGAUCUAACGUUGAUUGUGUUUGAAGGCAGUCAUAUAUUUUAUAAUGAGGUUCUCUGAAUGCAUGUCGUGGCUGACUGAAACGACAAAAAAAAAAUUGGCAGACACUUUGUUCACAUACGCUUGUAGAAGUUUUAGCGGCGUUGAUUUUUCGCGCGUUGACGACAAUGCAGAGUGAAAAAGUAAAAAAAACAAAACACUAUAAGCUAUUCUCGUACUGUGAAGAAGACAGUGUGCUGUCUGAGACUUCAGCAAUAAAAUAAACAAACACACACGUGAGCAGGUUACUGAGCAGUAAGGUAGAUUGUCUUGGUGGAAGUAUGGAUUUAUGGUUGUGACGUGAGCUGUGUUUACCUGAGUCUGCCAGCAGAGGGCAGCAGAGUAUUUGGUGAGAGGCAGCAAUGCUCAGGACUUUUUAGAGGGACAGUGAGGACUUCUGCCAGUAAAAAAAACCAAAAUUUUCACUGGAAUCUAAAUUGUUAAAAACUUUAAUUUGAAACUGAGGGUUUUUUUCUAACUGAUUGUUUGGUUGAUCAUUUAUUUCACAUGUGCACGACCAUCAGCAGAUCACCUUUAAUCUGUGGUAAUCUGGUACAGCUCCUCCCUGAGAAUUUGGCAAAUGGGAGAAAUGUAUCGCCCUAUCUGAAUUACCUGCAAUCCCUGCAGUGUCCACCAGAGGGGCCACUAAUAAUAUGUGCUUACUGUGCACAAGCAGGUCAAUAGUUUUGGAUUCUGUUCUUAACCUGAGAGGAGAAGUCAUUUUCAAAACAACUGGUUCUGACUUGUUUUCACUUCAACGCUCAACCGCCACAUACUCAGCCGUCAGUAUUUGCAGAGAGAAUCGCUGCAGAGUCUAUUUUUUGCAAAAAAGCGUUGACCUUAUUUUACUACACAACGCCCACAGGAAGGAUCCUUCUCUUUAAGAGCUUGUGAGUGAACUGGCGUAAAAACAAACUGCGCAGAUGUUUCUACUAUAUUUUGUAAUCAGAUCUAUUUUGGUGACAGGAACAGAGUGUACAGACAUGUGCAUGUAUUUUACGCCCGCGGUGUCAGACGAUAGAUGGUGGAGGCGGCAGCGCUGAUGACCGUGUUUUAGUAUGACAAUCUUUUACACAAACUUUGGAAACGCUGCAAAAAAUAUCUAUUUGUAAAUAAAUAAAUAAAAACAUGUAAUUUCAUACA